CGGGCCCCCCAGGGGGCCCCCCCCCAGGGGCCCCCGUUGGGAGGGGGGGCGAGGAGGGCCUGUCGGGUCUGCCUGUGGGGCAGAAAGGGGACUUUGAUGAGGGAGGAAAUGUGGGCGAAGACUUUGUGGAGGUCUGCGGGGCCCCUUUUGGUCUCCAUGAGGAGCGGGUUGAGCCCGUCGUCUCCGUAGAGAAACUGCACCACUUGCCCGUCGCUGGUGUCUCUUUAUGGGGCUCUUUAUGGGGCUCUUUAUAG